AUAUUUAAUAACAUUCAUCUUUUAGUGCUGAAUUCAUCUCAAAACUUAGUGGAUAGCUGUAUUUUGUUGCUAAUUAUUGAGAAAUAAGAACAAGUCUAUAAGAUGAAGCGCAGUUAUGAUUCUAUGAAUUCUUCAAUUGAAAUAAGUUCCUAUCGUGACCAACAUUUUAAGGGAUCCAGAAGCGAACAAGAAAAAUUACUAAAAGCUUCGUCAACGCUUUACAUUGGAAACCUUUCAUUUUACACAACAGAAGAGCAAAUUUAUGAACUGUAUUCACGAUGCGGAGAUAUAAGAAGAGUAAUAAUGGGACUAGACAAAUACAAGAAAACACCUUGUGGAUUUUGUUUUGUAGAAUACUAUGCGCGGGAAGAUGCCGAAAAUUGUAUGAGGUAUAUAAAUGGCACGAGGCUGGAUGACCGAAUAAUUCGCUGUGACUGGGAUGCUGGAUUCAUUGAAGGUCGACAGUACGGUCGUGGCAAAACAGGAGGCCAGGUUAGAGAUGAAUAUCGAACUGACUAUGACGGUGGGCGUGGCGGUUAUGGAAAAAUAAUAGCACAGAAAAUAAACCCAAAUACCCUAGAACGUUAAUAAUGUGUUGCAAUUAAUAUGGAUUAUAAAUUUUACAAGGCUGUUUAAUAUGA